CUACCCAUUCUGAUCAUCCCUCUAGGUCAGCGUCAGCAUGGCGAGCACUGCCGACAAGGGAGGCAUCCUUGAGCAUAGAAAGGCGUCAUCCAGCGAUGAAAAGUUCGACGAGAAAAAGUCGAUCGACGGUGUAGAGACUGCAGAAUCGUAUCAAGGCGAUGUUUACGAGGAUGUUCGACAAAUCGACCUCGACGAGACUGGUCGUGAACGGCCUAUCGAAACCGAUCUCGACGUCGCGACACGUCUCAUUUCACUGGAAGAUGAUCCAACCCUCCCAGCCUUUACUUUCCGAAUGUGGUUCCUGGGUAUCGGCCUAUCGUGCUUCGGCGCAGUCCUCGGGCAGAUUUUCUACUUCCGACCGCAGACGGUGUUCGUCAGUCAGCUGUUCAUCCAGAUCAUUGCCUACAUCCUCGGAAGAGUUCUGGAGGAGAUUGUUCCUGGUCCGGGCAACGAGCACGAGAACCUGAAGAUGCCGGAUAACUGGUUUUGGCGAUUCCUCAAUCCUGGACCUUUCAAUAUCAAGGAACACGUCGCUAUUACUAUCUUUGCAUCGACCGCGGCAGAUUCUGCCCUUGCUAUCAGUAUCUUUGCUGCAGAUGAUCUCUAUUACAACAUCCAGCCUAGCGUCGUGGUAGGAAUAUUCACCCUCAUCGGGUCACAGCUGAUGGGCUACGGCAUUGGAGGUCUCAUGCGGUCCUUUUUGGUCUAUCCCACCUACAUUGUGUUCCCUAACUUACUCCCAACUGUCCAACUUUUCGACGCCCUUCAUCGGGGGAAGAAGAUAUUCUUGCAGAAGAAACGAGUCAAGUUCUUCUGGUCCGUGUUUGCAGGGAUAUUCGUUUGGGAAUGGUUCCCGGAGUACAUCGCGCCGACGUUGACCGGUAUAAGCAUCUUCUGCUUGGCGAAUCGUGAUAGCCCUUGGUUUACGCGCAUCUUCGGUGGCGCGGCUGGUAAUGAAGGACUGGGCGCCUUUGCCCUAUGUCUGGACUGGAACUACGUCGGAUCCGGUGGUGGUGCCAUCGGUGCUCUCUUUACGCCCUUGUCGACCCAACUUUCUCUGUACUGUGGCACGGCGAUUUGCAUGAUCGCCUUCUGCGCGUGCUUCGCCAUGAAUGUAUGGAACGGACAGAACUUCCCGUUCUUGUCGCAAGCACUGUUCUACGAGAAUGGAACAAGGUUCCAACAGCUUCGUAUCCUCGACGAGAACUUUAGGCUGGACCCUGUCAAACUUGAAGCCGAAGGUCUCCCUUGGUUUGCCAGUUCCCAAGUCAUCGCCAAAAUUGCUCACAACCUCGCUAUUGGUUCGACGAUCACUCAUGUUCUGAUUUGGUACGGGAAGGAUAUCAUACAGGUGAUCCGCAAGUAUCGGGCAGGUGAAAUUUACGAUCCCCAUCUUGCCAAGAUGAAAGCGUACCGCGAGGUACCCGUUUGGUGGUAUAUCGCCAUGUUCGUUGCUAGCUUUGCCAUGGCCAUGUCAACGAUCUAUGCAGCGAAAUCUGGUCUCCCGUGGUGGGGCUUGAUUGUCGCCCUCUGCUUGUCGACUAUCUUCCUUCCUUUUGUGAUCACAGUCUACGCGAUCACUGGUUUCUCUCCCAAUGUCACAGCUCUCGUACAGAUGCUUGGGGCAUGUAUGAUUCCGGGAAAUCCUCAAGCCAAUAUGUACUUCACCCUGUACGGCUACAACACACUUGAUCAAGCUCGAGGACUCAUUCGAGAUUUGAAAAUGGGACAAUACACGAAACUUCCACCUAGGGUUACGUUUACCGUCCAAUCUCUAGGCUCGAUUAUCGGUGGACUCUUGAACUAUAUCAUCAUGAAGGUCAUCAUCAAGAGCCACCGUGAAAUCUUGCUUCAGGUUCAAGGCACCAACGUAUGGUCCGGUCAGCAGGUUCAGACUUUCAAUAGUAACGCGAUAACCUGGGGUGCGCUCGGCAACAUCCUGUAUGCUCCUAGCGGUCGCUACUGGAUCGUUCCAUUUGCGAUCCUCAUUGGACUCGCAGUGCCCAUUCCGUUCUGGGUAGUCCAUCGCUACUGGCCGAACGUUAAAGCUGACAAAGUUGUCACUCCGAUCCUUUGCUGGACUCUCGGAUAUCUCAGCGUUGGGAUCAACAGUUCCGUCUUCACCACGUUCUGCUUAGCCAUCUUCUCUCAGUACUACCUGAGACGGUACCGACCGAGAUGGUUCCGCAAGUAUAACUUCCUUCUCUCCGCGGCGUUGGAUGGCGGCACACAGGUCAUGGUCUUCGUUUAUACCUUCGCCGUUGGCGGUGGGAGUGGCCGGGUUGUUGACAUGCCACGCUGGGCUCUGAAUCCUGAAGGCAACCCUGAUUACUGCAUGAGACUAACAUGA